AUGAUACCAUUUCGUAUAUUUGUACUAUUCUCAGCUAUAUGUUUACAUACUGUGAAUUCGAGUACACGACUUGGAGGAGGAGGAAUUGGAAUAUCAUCAGCAUCUUCAGCUGCUGCUUCAACAUCAUUUCAUUCAAUUCAAGGUAUGUUUAUUGUUUCGAGAUUAAUUGUUUUUUUGGAAAACAACAAAAAAAUAGAAAUCCAGGUUCGUGCAGCCACAGAAAGAAGUACUUAAUCGUUCAACAAAAACAAACAUUUAAAUGUCUCAAAUAGCACACUUUAAAAUGAUUGUUUUUUAUGUACACAAUUAAAAAAUAAAACAAAAAGUUGGAAAUAACUCGUAUUUUUUUUAGUUGAUUCCCCUCCAUCAGUUCGAUCUCGAAUAAUUUCGGCAUCAGUUAAUACAGCUUCGUCGGUUUGUAAUGAAAAUGAUUUCCGAUGUAACGAUGGAAAAUGUAUCAGAAAUGAAUGGAAAUGUGAUGGAUCUGGAGAUUGUUCAGAAGGAGAAGACGAAAAAGAUUGUCGUAAGUUUAAACUUUCCGAGAAAAAUCGGGUUUCGGUAUUCUAAGGGUUCAUUGAAAAAAUAACAGAUAAAUUUAACAUCUGAUCUCACCCCUACUUUAUUCAAAUAUAAAAUGUAUUUUAAAUUAUUAGCUCAUCCUGGAUGUAAAUCCGAUCAAUGGCAAUGUGACACUUAUCAAUGGCACAGUGUUUCCUGUAUUGCUGAAUAUCAAAGAUGUGAUAACAUAACGGAUUGUGCUGAUGGUUCUGAUGAAAAAGAUUGUCGUAUGUUUAAUCCUCGCAUUUUCCCCAUAAGCUCAUAUAUUUUUUAUAGCUGCUUCACCCGUUGAUUGUGGAUCUCCAAAUUCUUUCUCAUGUGCAGAUGCUCGACAAUGUUUUGAUAUUUCGAAAAAAUGCGAUGGAAAAUAUGAUUGUAGAGAUUUGAGUGAUGAAAAAGAUUCAUGUUCAAGAAACCACACAGCUUGUUUCCAAUAUCAAUUCAGAUGUGCUGAUCAAACACAAUGUAUUCAAAAAUCAUGGGUUUGUGAUGGUUCAAAAGAUUGUGCUGAUGGUUCUGAUGAACCCGAAACUUGUGAAUUCAAAAAAUGUACAGCCAACGAGUUCCAAUGUAAAAACAAAAGAUGUCAGCCAAGAAAAUUCCGAUGUGAUUAUUAUGAUGAUUGUGGUGAUAAUUCGGACGAAGAAGAAUGUGGAGAAUAUCGAUGCCCACCAGGAAAAUGGAGUUGUCCGGGAACUGGACAUUGUAUCGAUAAAUUGAAAUUAUGCGAUGGUUCAAAAGAUUGUAGCGAUGGAGCUGAUGAACAACAAUGUAGUCAGAAUCUAUGCCCAUCUUUGGGAUGUCAAGCAGGUUGUCAUCCAUCACCGCAUGGAGGAGAAUGUACCUGUCCAAGUGGAUAUAAAUUAGAUGAACGAUUCCAUAGAACAUGUUCAGGUAAAUUCAGAAUUUGGAAGCUAGAUUUAUCCUAAUCUCAAAAAUUUUUGCAGAUAUCAAUGAAUGUUCUGAAUUCGGAUAUUGUGAUCAACUUUGUGCCAAUCAUCGUCCUGGUUUCGCAUGUUCUUGUCUCGGAGAUUGUUUCAGUCUUUCAAUGGAACAUGGUCCAGGAAAAGAUAAUCUCACUAUGCGUGGUUACUGUAUUUCGAAUAAUGCCGAUAAAAUGAGACUUUUUGUUGCAAGACGUGAAGGACUUUAUCGAUUGAAUCCAUACAAUCAAAACGAAGAACCAAAAAAAUUAGCUUCCGGAGAAUUUAUCUAUGGAAUUGAUUAUGAUUUUGGAGAUAGAAAGAUUUUCUGGACUGAUCGAUUGUCACAUUCUGCUUUCAGUGCUGAUGUUGACGAUGAAGGAGAAAUUUCACAAAUCAAAAAACUCAGUUUGAAAUCAUUGGUUUAUCCAAGAUGUUUGGCUGUUGAUUGGAUUACUAAUACUUUGUAUAUUAUUGAAAGUGGAUCAAGACGUAUUGAUGUUUCUUCAUAUGAUGGAGAAAGAAGAACAGUUUUGUUAGCUGAUGGAUUGACUCUUCCUUUAGAUUUAGCACUUGAUCCAUUGAGAGGGUAAGUGUAGAAAAUCAUCGUGAAUAGUUUCAUAUUUUUAAAUUUUCAGAGAAAUGUUCUUCACAAAUCAAUUGAAAUUAGAAGCUGCAGCUAUGGAUGGAUCAAAUCGUCGUACUUUAGUCAAUACUCAUACUCAUCAAUUAUCUGGAAUUGUUGUUGAUAUCACAGCUAAAAGAGUUUAUUGGGUUGAUCCAAAAGUUGAUAGAUUAGAAAGUAUUGAUUAUAUGGGAAAUGAUCGUCGAAUUGUUGCUCAAGGUAUGAAUGUUGUUCCACAUCCAUUUGGUUUGACUCUUUUUGAUCAAAAUCUUUAUUGGACUGAUUGGACUCGUCUUGGAGUUGUUCAAAUUGAGAAAUUCGGAUCACCAACAAAACUUUUGUGGUCAAACACUGAAAAUAAUGUAUUCCCAAUGGGUAUUUCGGCUUAUCAUCCAAUGAAACAACCAGGUCCAGGACAUAGUGAAUGUUUGGCAAUGAAAAUCGAGAAUCCAUGUACAAACUCAGACUGUGAAGGUCUUUGUAUUUUAUCAAAAGAUGCCGGAGGAAUUGGACUCGGAUAUAAAUGCGCCUGUCCAAUUGGACAAAAACUUGUGAACGGAAAAAGAUGUAUCGAUUCAAUUGAUUAUUUAUUGUUUUCGAGUAACAAAAUUGUUCGUGGUAUUUUCCCAGAAAUGCAAGAUCAAGCUCUCUCUGAAGCUGUUCUUCCAAUUUCACCAGUUUCUCAAAGAAGAAUUGGGAUGUAUUUCGAAGUUGAAUGUGAUGUUCACGGAAAUUCAUUCUUUUAUGCUGAUAUUAUGGAUAACACUAUCUACAGGUUUGAAUUUUUCUUUUUUAGAAUUGGUUUUAAGAAUUGGCUUUCAGAAUUAAACCAGAUGGCGAAGGAGCAGCUCCAGUUCUCGUUACACACAAUGAUGGAUUAUUUUCAAUGUCUUUUGAUUGGAUUAGUAAACAAUUGUAUUAUGUUGAUAAUAUCAGAAAUAGUUUGGAAGUUGUCAAAAUUAGUGAAACUGGACUUGUUCAUCCAGAUGAAUUGGUUCGUCGUCAACUUAUUACUGAUUUACGUGAUCCAGUUUCUGUUGUUGUUCAUCCAUGGAAAGGAUUAUUGUUCUAUGCAGAAGCUAUGAGACCAGCUGCUAUUUACAGGUAUUUACUGAAUAAUCAGAUAACAUAGGUUACAUCCCUUUUUUUUAUAGAUGUUAUAUCGAUGGAACUCAUUGUACAGUAAUUCGUAAUACUACAUUAGGAAGACCUUCAGAGAUGGUAAUUGAUUUCGCUGAAAAUCGACUCUGUUGGGGAGAUACUCUUCUCAAAACUAUUUCAUGCAUGGAUUUCGAUGGAAAAAAUGUUGUCAAGAUUGAUGUUGAAAAUCCAAUUCCAGUUGCACUUUCAAUUAUGAAUGAUUAUAUUUAUUAUGUUCAUCAAAGACCAUAUUCAAUUCGAAGAGUUCAUAAAAAGAAUGGAGGUGGAAGUAAAGUUAUUCGUGAAUUCGGAGCAGAAGAAAGAUCAAUCUUCUCGCUUAAAGCUUGCUCGCUUCAAAAUCAACCAAUUCCUGAUGAUUCGAGAGAACAUCCAUGUCGAGCAUCUGAAUGCACACAACUCUGUUUUGCAACUCCAUCAGAAUCAAAUUCGGAACAAUUAGAAGCAAAAUGUGCGUGUAGACAAGGAUUCAAAAUCAAUAAUGAUAAUCAACAUUCGUGUCAGAAGGAUACAUCGGAACAAAUUGAACCAUUGUGCACAUCAAAUUCCACACAAUUUUUGUGUAAAAAUGGAAGAUGUAUUCCAAAAGAAUGGAAAUGUGAUGGCGAAAAUGAUUGUUUGGACGAAUCAGACGAAAUUGAUGAAAAUGGAAAUAAAUGUUUCCACGAAACCGAAUGCGCCGAAAAUACAAUCAAGUGUAAAAAUACCAAAAAAUGUAUUCCUGCUCAAUAUGGAUGUGACGGAGAUAAUGAUUGUGGAGAUUAUUCAGAUGAAGAUGUUAAAUAUUGUAAAGAUGGACAGAAACCAGUUUGUUCUGCUAAAAAAUUCCAAUGCGAUAAUCAUAGAUGUAUUCCGGAACAAUGGAAAUGUGAUAGUGAUAAUGAUUGUGGAGAUGGAUCUGAUGAAAAAUUGGAAAUGUGCGGAAAUGCAACAUGUGCUUCAAAUCAAUUCUCUUGCGCAAACGGUAGAUGUAUUCCAAUUUAUUGGUUAUGUGAUGGUGAUAAUGAUUGUUACGACGGAACAGAUGAAGAUAAAGAAAGAUGUCCACCGGUUCAAUGUACUGCACUUCAAUUCAGAUGUGCAAGUGGAAGACAAUGUAUUUCUUUGAGAAAUCAUUGUGACGGUCAAAAUGAUUGUGACGACGGUUCAGAUGAAGAUUCGUGUGCUAUUCAAACGGAAUCUUGUUCUUCUGAUCAAUUCAAAUGUGUAUCAUCUGGAUUAUGCAUACCUUCUUCGUGGAAAUGUGACGGGCAGAAAGAUUGCGACGAUGGAUCUGAUGAACCUAAAUUCGGAUGUUCAAGUAGUCGACAAUGUAAAGAUGAUCAAUUCAAAUGUGGAAAUGGAAGAUGUAUUCUCAAUGUGAGUUUCUAACUCAAUUUUUUUAAAACUUUUUAAAAAAUUUCAGAAUUGGAAAUGCGACGGUGAAAACGAUUGUGGUGAUAAUUCAGAUGAAACAGGCUGCAAAAAUGCAGUUUUCAAUUCUCGAAAAUGUCCAUUCGAACAUGUUCCUUGCGAAAGUGAUCCAGAAACUUGUAUUCCACUCCAUCAAUUGUGUGAUGGUAAAAGGCAUUGUCCAGGAGGAACAGAUGAAGGUGGAAGAUGUGCAAGAGACUUGUGCUCAGCAGAUCGUGCCGGUUGCUCUUUCAAAUGCCAAAACAGUCCAAAUGGCCCAUUAUGUUCUUGUCCAUUCGGAGAAUCGGUGAGUCUUGUUUUCUUAUUUCUCGAAUAAAAAUAGUGAAUUUGUAGCUUGUCAACAAAACCAAAUGUGAACCAGAAAAUGAAUGUUUGGAUUCAAGAAGUUGCUCACAAAAAUGUACAGAUGAGAAACACGGUUUCACUUGUUCAUGUGAAGAUGGAUAUAUUCUUGACAGUGACAAACACACUUGCAAAGUCGAAGACAAUGUUCAAAAUAUGCGAGUCUAUGUUUCCAACCGUAAUCGUAUUUAUUGGAGUGAUCACAAAUUAGAUAAUUGGAGAACAUUUGGAGCAUCAGUCGAAAAUGCAAUUGCACUUGCUUGGGAUUCUCUCACUGAUCGUAUUUAUUGGUCAGAUAUUCGAGAAAAGAAAAUUCUGUCAUCAAAUCGAAAUGGAACAAAUGUGACAACAUUCAUUUCUGAUGGUCUCGAUAUUACUGAAGGAAUUGCUCUUGAUUGGGUUGGUAGAAACUUAUAUUGGGUUGAUUCAUCAUUGAAUACAAUUGAAGUUGCAAAUCUCGAAAACCCAAAUCACCGAACUCUUUUGGUUCAUAAAAAUAUAAGUCAACCGAGAGGAAUCGCAGUUGAUCCAAGAAGAGGAGUAAUGUUUUGGACUGAUUGGGGACAAAAUCCAUGCAUUGAAAGAGCAUCUAUGGAUGGAACUGAUCGACAAAUUAUUGUGAACACAAAAAUCUAUUGGCCAAAUACUAUCGCUUUGGAUUAUACAACUGAUCGUGUUUAUUUCGCUGAUUCGAAAUUGGAUUUCAUUGAUUUUGUUAACUAUGAUGGAAGUGGAAGAACUCAAGUUCUUGCUUCAUCCAAAUUUGUGCAACAUCCUCAUGCUUUGGCAAUUUUCGAAGAUAUGAUGUAUUAUUCAGACAGAAGAUUACAAAAACUUCAAGUUUAUCCAAAAUAUCCAAAUGGAACAACAACUGAAUAUCCAAGUCAUACAUUCAGCAAAGCUCUUGGAGUUGUUGCCGUUCAUCCAGUUCUUCAACCAAUUGUCAAAAAUAAUCCGUGCGCUUCAAAUCAAUGUAGUCAUUUAUGUCUCAUGAACAACAAAAACGUAAGUUCUUAUUAGAUUCUUUCAACAAAAAUAAAUGUUAAUUUACAGACAUUCACAUGUAUGUGUCCAAUGGGAAAACGACUUGAUUCUUCUGGGAAGAAAUGUACCGAUGAUCCAAAACCAUUCCUUGUUUUAAUUCAAAAGAACAAUGUUUUCGGAGUUGAAAUUUCAAACUUGAAAGCAAAUGAUACUCCAGUUCUGUCUGGAAUGGUUCCAUUGGCUGGACUUGGAAAUGCAUUUGAUGCUGCUUACGAUGCUUUGAGUCAAGAAAUGUUUAUUCUCGAACACACAAAUGUUGCAAAAACAUUGGCUCAAAUCACAACUGAUGCUGCAAUUUAUCGAAGCACUGUAAAUGGAGGAAACAAAACAAAAAUGUAUUCUUCAGCUGUGCCAGAUGAUGCUUAUUGCUUGGGAUAUGAUUGGAACGGAAGAAACUUGGUUGUUGGUAACAAAGUUACACAGACAAUUGAAAUUGUAAGAACUCAAGGAACACAAUAUCGAUCAGUUAUUUUAUCGAACGAUCAAUCACCAACUGCUGUUGUCAAUCCAGUUGCAAUUGCUGUUGAUUCAGAAAAAGGAUACGUUUUCUGGUUGGAUCGAGGAGGUGGUUCUGCUGAUUCAAAAGUUGCAAGAGCUGGAUUAGAUGGAAGCAAUCCAUUAGUUAUUGCUAGUAAUGAUUUGGCUGAACUCGAUCAUAUUGCAAUUGAUACAUCAAAUCAACGUGUUUAUUUCUCGGAAGCUAAAGCUGGAAGAAUCACAUCUGUUACUUAUGAUGGACAAGAUCGUCAUUAUGUUUUGAAUGAUGGUGGAAGACAACCAAAUGGAUUAGCAUUCUAUGGAGAUCGUUUAUUCUAUUCUGAUUCAGCAUUCGAUUCAAUCGAAGUUGCAACAAUCAGUGGAGAUUCUCAACCUCCACAAUGGUCGCAUUUCAAAAAAGAUGUUGAACAUCUUGCAAAUAUCAAAGUUCUUCAGCCAAGAAGUUCAUCUUCUAACCAUCCUUGCCAAAUUUCAAAUGGAAAUUGUCAACAUAUUUGUAUUCCACAAAUGUUUGCUCAACAUACUUGUACUUGUGCAAAUGGAUAUACCAAAGAUGGUCAAACUGGAUGUAGAUUAUAUGAUGAAAGUUUUGUCAUUGUUGCUACAAAAACCAAGAUUGUUGGUUAUCCGAUUGAUGAAAUUCAAUCAAAAGGUGUUGCAAUGGAACCAAUUGGUGGAUUAUCUAUUUCAAGUGUCGAUUAUGAUUUCGAAUCAAAAACUAUUUAUGUUGCCGAAACUUCAGGAAUAAACAAAGGAAUUACUGCAUACACAAUCGGAGAAUCUUCACCAAGAGCUGUUAUUCGAGAUACAAUCAGUUCGUUGGUUAUCAAAAGUCUUACUAUUGAUUGGAUCAAUUAUAAUUUGUAUUUCAUAAAUCAAGAUGCCGAAAGAACAAACAUCGAAGUUUGCAAAUUGGAUGGAACAAAUAGAAAGAUCCUUCUUACAACCAAAACCGAAACACCAACAUCGAUCACUGUUGAUCCAGUUGGAAGAUAUUUGUAUUGGGCUGAUCAAGGACAGAAACCAACAAUUCAAAGAUCAUUCUUGGAUGGUUCAAGACGCGAAGUUAUUGUUUCUACUGGAAUUGGAGAACCUACUGAUAUUGUUGUUGAUGUUGCAAGUCGAAUGUUAUAUUGGUCAGAUGCGAAAAUGGAUGGAAUUUAUCGUGUUCGAAGCACUGGCGGAACUCCAGAACUUGUUCGUGCAGAUAUUGCAUCAGCUGCUGGAGUAGCACUUCACGGACAAAAUAUGUAUUGGACUGAUAACAGAUUGGAGAAAUUAUUCAAAGCAACAUCAAAACCAAAUCAAACAUCUUUGUUGCUUUCACCAACAACAGUUGCUGCUUCCCUCAAAGACAUUGGAGAUGUAGCUGUUUACUCAUCAGUCAAUCAACCAAAAUCAUCUUCCCCUUGUCAAAUCACAGACAAUCUUCGAAAAAGUCCAUGUACUCAACUUUGUUUUGCAACUCCAGGAACACAAAGUCCAACAUGUGCUUGUGCUCGAGGAAUAUUGAAAGGAAGAAGUUGCGAAGAACCAGACACUUAUUUGAUGUUCUCAGAUGGAGAUAAGAUUAUUGAUGCUGCGAUUGAACCAGAUGUGAAAGCUUCGAAACCAUUGAAAGAACCAUUCCCAGAACUUGAAAACUUACAAACUUUCGAUGUUGAUGUCAAUUUGCGUCGAAUUUAUUAUGUAACUGAAUCACCAAGUGGUGUAAAUAUUUCAUGGUUUUCAAUGAAUAAUGCAGAUAAUCCAAGAUUAGUAUUUGGUGCGACCAAACAAAAACAUGCAUCUGAAAUUCGACACAUCUCUGAUAUGAGAUUAGAUUGGUUGACACAAAAAAUAUAUUUCACAACUGGAAGAGGUGGAAAAGUUAUGGCAAUUGAUACUGCUGGAGAACAUUUAUCAACAAUUGCUUCUGGUGAUUGGACUUAUGCUUUGGCAAUUGAUCCAUGUAGUGGAUUAUUAUUCUGGUCUGAUAGUGGAUAUAAAACAAGUGGUGGAUUAUAUGAACCAAGAAUUGAAAGAUCAAAUCUUGCCGGUGGAAGCAGAAAAGUUAUUGUUUCUGAAUCUAUUUCUCUUCCAGCUGCAAUUACCGUUGAUUUUAGAAACCAAAUGAUAUAUUGGGCCGAUGUUAAUCGAUUAAAUAUAGAAGUCGCUGAUUAUAACGGAGAAAACAGAAAAAUAAUAGCAAGUGGAUAUCGCGCAAAAUCACUUGAUCUUUGGGAUAGAUGGUUGUAUAUGAGUGAUCCAUUGAGUAAUGGAGUCUUCCGACUUGAUAAAGAAAGUGGAAGUGGAUUGGAAAAUGUUGUGUCAGAUCGACGAAUUCCUGGAGCACUUCGAGUAUUCGCAAGUGAAACCGAUGUUCGUACAAGAAAUCAAUUGUGUAACUCAUUGACAAGUCAACUUUGUAAAAAUGAUAACGGAGGAUGUGAUCAACUAUGUACUGUUAUUGCUGAUGAUAUUGGAUUGGCUGCUAGCAAAGUUCAAUGUUCUUGUAAUGAUACUUAUGAACUUGUUCAACAACCUGGAAAAGAUAUUCCAACUCAAUGUGUACUUCGAAGUCAAACAUCAUCUGAACCAGCAAAGGAAUGUCUUCCUCCAUACAAUUUCCAAUGUGGAGACGGAUCGUGUAUUUUAUUAGGAGCAACAUGUGAUUCAAAACCAGAUUGCCCAGAUGCUUCAGAUGAAAAUCAAAAUUAUUGCAGUAAGUUAUUUUAUUGAAAAAACGAAGUUACCGAUUAAAUUAUUCAAUUUUCAGAUACUCGUUCUUGCCCUGAUGGAUAUCAUCUUUGCACAAACAGAAGAUGUAUUGAUUCAGCUAAAAAGUGUAAUCACAUCGAUGAUUGCGGAGAUGGAUCUGACGAACUCGAUUGUCCAGCUGCCGUUUCAUGUGCAGAAGGAACAUUUGCGUGUGCAAAUGGACAUUGUAUCAAUCAAACAAAAGUUUGUGACGGUCACAAUGAUUGCCACGACGAACAAGUAUCAGAUGAAUCACUUGCAACGUGUCCAGGUCUUCCAAUCGAUUGCCGAGGUGUCAAAAUCCGUUGUCCAAAUACAAAUAUCUGUAUUCAACCAGCUGAUUUGUGUGAUGGUUACGAUGAUUGUGGAGAUAAAGCUGACGAAAAUCAAUUGUUCUGUUUAAAUCAACAAUGUGCUCAACAUUAUGUUCGUUGCCCAUCUGGAAGAUGUAUUCCAGAAACCUGGCAAUGUGACGGAGAUGCUGAUUGUUCAGAUGGCUGGGAUGAAACACACACAAAUUGCACAGAUGCCGCAGGAAAGAAAGUUUGUGUUGGAGAUUAUUUAUUCCAGUGUGACAAUUUGAAAUGUAUAUCUCGUGCCUUUAUUUGUGACGGCGAAGAUGAUUGUGGCGAUGGUUCUGACGAACAUAGUCGACACGGAUGUGGAAACAGAACUUGUACAGAUCAAGAAUUCCACUGUGCUUCAAAUGCUAAACUUGCUCAACCAAAAUAUGAAUGUAUUCCAAGAGCUUGGUUAUGUGAUGGAGAUGUGACAUGUGCUGGAGGAGAAGACGAAUCAGCUGAUUUGUGUAAAACUGAAAAGAAAGAAUGCAACAAGGGGGAAUUCAGAUGUGCCAAUCAACAUUGUAUUCAUUCUUCUUGGGAAUGUGACGGAGACAAUGAUUGUCUAGAUGGAUCCGAUGAACAUACCAAUUGCACAUAUUCUUCUUGUCAACCAGAUUUCUGGCAAUGUGCAAAUCAUAAAUGUGUUCCAAAUUCUUGGAGAUGUGAUGGGAACGAUGAUUGUGAAGAUGGAUCUGACGAAAAAGAAUGUCCGAAAAAUACACCAGCUGGACAAAAAGCCUCAAAAUGUACGGCAGAUCAAUAUCAAUGCACAAAUGGAGAAUGUAUCGAUGAUUCGAAAGUUUGCGACAGAAACUUCGAUUGUUCCGACAGAUCUGAUGAAAGUUCAUUGUGUUUCAUCGAUGAAUGUUCGUUGGCUGAAAAACCACUUUGUGAACAAAAAUGCGUCGAUAAAAAGAUUGGCUAUAAAUGUGACUGCUUUGAAGGAUUUGCAAUCGAUAUUUCAGAUAACAAGAGUUGCCACAAUAUCAACGAAUGUUAUGAAGGAAUUUCUGGAUGUAGUCAAACAUGUGACGAUAAAAUUGGAUCAUUCAAAUGUGGAUGUGUUAAAGGAUAUCAACUUGGAACUGAUGACAGAAGUUGUAAACGAUCAGAUAAAGAACCAGAACCAUACUUCUUAUUGGCUAACAAACAUUAUGUAAGAAAAAUUUCAUUGGAUGGACAGAAUUAUGAAUUAGCUGCUCAAGGAUUUGACAAUGCAGUUUCAUUGGAUGUUGAUAUUAGUGAUCGUAAAGUUUAUUUGAUUGAUCAAGGUAAACUUCGAUUACUUCGAGUUAAUUUGGAUGAAAUGGAUUCCCCAUUAUCUUCAUAUGAAACUGUUCUUCGACAUAAUGUUUAUGGAACUGAAGGAAUUGCUGUUGAUUGGAUUGCGAAGAAACUUUACAUGUUGAACAGACAAGAAAGAUCAAUCAGAGUUUGCGAAUUGGAUGGAAGAUUCUGUAGAACAUUGAUUCGCGACAGAAUUCAACAACCGAAAGCAAUUGUUGUUCAUCCAGGAAAAGGUUACAUGUUCUUCACUGAAUGGUCACUUCAACCAUACAUCGGAAGAGUAGCUCUUGAUGGAUCACCAGAAUUACAAGACCCAAUUAUUAAAUUGGCUGAAAAUGAUCUCGGAUGGCCUAAUGCAUUAGCAAUCGAUUAUUAUUCUGAUAAAUUAUUCUGGGGAGAUGCUCAUUUGAAUGAAAUCGGAUUCAUGAACUUCGAUGGAACUGGAAGAAGACAUAUUCCAGCUCAAAGAACAAGUCACGUAUCAUCAAUGGUAGUUUUCGAUGAUUAUUUAUACUGGUCAGAUUGGAAUUUGAGAGAGGUCGUGAGAUGCGAUAAAUGGACUGGAAGAAAUGAAACCGUGUUGAAGAAAACUGUUCAACUUCCAAAUGAUUUGAGAGUUAUCCAUCCAUUGCGUCAACCAGAUUAUCCAAAUCCAUGCGGUGACAACAACGGAGGAUGUUCACAUCUCUGUUUGAUUGGAGCUGGUGGAAAUGGAUACACUUGUUCAUGCCCAGAUCAAUUCAUUUUGCUAUCAGAUCAGAAGACUUGCGAACCAAACUGUACAGAUAGACAGUUUGCAUGUGGAGGAGAUGAUGCUAAAUGUAUUCCAAAACUUUGGUAUUGUGAUGGAGAACCAGAUUGUCGAGACGGAUCUGAUGAACCAGGAGAAAGCAUCUGUGGAGUUAGAAUUUGUCCAGUCGGAGAAUUCCAAUGUGCUAAUCAUAAUUGUACAAGACCAUUCCAAAUUUGUGACGGAAACGAUGAUUGCGGAGAUAGAUCUGAUGAAGCUAACUGUGAUAAACCAUGUGAUCCUUGGAUGUUCAAAUGUGCUUCAACUGGGAGAUGUAUUCCAAGAAGAUUUACAUGUGACGGAGAUGACGAUUGUGGUGAUAGAUCAGAUGAAGCUGAUUCAGUAUGUUUGAGCACAGCAAGAAAUUGUACAGCUGAAGAAUUCCGUUGUAACAAUAACAAAUGUAUUGCAAAAGCCUGGAGAUGUGAUAAUGAUGAUGAUUGUGGAGACGGAUCAGAUGAAACACCUGAAUGUGCUCAAAUGGAAUGCAAAAGAGGAUGGACAAGAUGUUCUUCAAGUUACAGAUGUAUUCCAAAUUGGGCAUUCUGUAAUGGUCAAGAUGAUUGUCGAGACAAUUCUGAUGAAGACAAACAACGUUGUCCAACUUGUGAUGAUGUUGGAGAAUUCAAAUGUGCUACUUCAGGAAAAUGUAUACCAAAAAGAUGGAUGUGCGAUUCAGAAAAUGAUUGUGGCGACAACUCCGAUGAACUGGAUCCAUCUUGUGGAGGAACAACUCGACCAUGUUCUGAAAGUGAAUUCAGAUGUAACGAUGGAAAAUGUAUUCCUGGUAGUAAAGUUUGUGACGGAACAAUUCAAUGUAGCGAUGGUUUGGAUGAAUCACAAUGUACUCUACGAAAAUGUAUGGCUGGACAUCGUCAAUGUGACGAUGGAACUUGUAUUGCUGAACACAAAUGGUGUGACAGAAAGAAAGAUUGUCCAAAUGCAUCCGAUGAAUUACACUGUGAAGAUGUGGUAAGAAACUGAAUUUUUAGUGUUGAGAUUUAGAUUCAAUAUUAUUUACAGAGUCGUCGAACAUGUUCACCAUUCGAAUUUGAAUGCGGUAACUCAGUUUGUAUUCCUCGGAAAUUUAUGUGUGAUGGAGAUAAUGAUUGUGGAGACAAUUCCGACGAAACUAAUUCCGAAUGUCGAAAUGCUCAAUGUGAUCCACCACUUCGAUUCAGAUGUGCUCAUUCCAGAUUAUGUUUGAAUAUUCUUCAACUUUGCAACGGAUUCAAUGAUUGUGGACCAAAUGACUCUUCCGAUGAACAUUUGUCAAUGUGUUCAAGUUUCUCAGAAUACGGUGAUUGUUCGUCUGAUCAAUUCAAGGUAAAAAGUAGUCAUUUUUUCAAAAAAAAAACAAUUUUAAAUUUUUAGUGUGCAAAUGGUAAAUGCGUCAACGGAACUCUUGCUUGCGAUAGAAAAGAUGAUUGUGGAGAUGCUUCAGAUGAAAUCGGAUGUUCGAAAAUCGGAAAAAGUUCAUGCGAACAAGUUGGAAACAAUGGAGGUUGCAAACAUAUUUGCACAGAUGUUCGUGAUGGUUUCUAUUGUCACUGCCGAGAUGGUUUCCGUCCAAAUCCAGAAGAUCCAAAAGAUUGUAUCGAUAUUGAUGAAUGUGCCGGAAAUAAUACCUGUACACAACUCUGUCUCAACACCAAAGGAUCAUAUUUGUGCAGAUGUCACGAGGAUUAUGAAAACAACGUUGUUGUUGGAUCAAUGACUGGAAAAGAUUGUCGUGCAAAGGGAGAAGCAGCUAAUGUUAUGAUUGGUGCCGAUUCUUCACUUGUUCAAUUAUCUUUACAUGGUUCUGGAACAAAUCGACAUGCAGCUGCCAAAGCAAAUGACGAAGAUAAUGAUAUUAUUGGAAUGGCUUUUGAUCCUAGAAAAGAUAUGAUGUAUUGGAUUGAUGGAGAUGAAAAAACUAUAUAUCGAUCAGCCAUAGCCAAAGGUAACCAAAGUCACGAAGGUCAAAAAUUGGAUAUCGAUUUCGCUUCGAUUGGUGUCGUACCAACUGCAAUUGCUGUUGAUUAUACAACUGGGUAAGUGUAAAAAUUAGAGUUCUAGUAAAAUUUAUAUUUUUCAGAAAUCUUUUCAUAACUGCAAUUUCCGAAGAUAUUGAAUUUGCUUCUCCAAAUGCUCGUCGAAAGCGAAUGUCUGAACCAAUUGAUAACCAAAACACUGGAUUUAUCUAUGUUUGCUUGCCAGAUGGUCGAUACCUUCGUAAAAUUAUCGGCGGACAUUUACAACAACCAACAGCAAUUGUGACAGCUCCAGCUGCUGGUAGAAUUUGCUAUUCAGAUGCUGGCUUGCAUGCCAAGAUUGAAUGUGCUGAUAUGGAUGGAACACAUAGACAAAUUAUCGUUAAAGAUCUAGUCUUUUCUCCAACAUCAAUGGCUAUUGAUGAAGGAAAGGGUAAUCGAAUUUAUUGGGUUGAUCCAAAAUAUCGACGAGUUGAUGCAGUCAACAUUGACGGAACUGACAGAACUACUGUAGUUCAUGAUAAACAUAUUCCAUACGCUGUUGAUGUUUUCGAAAAUCACAUUUACUGGUUAAGUAGAGAAUCGAAAACUUUAUACGUUCAGGUAAGCGCAGAUUCCAUUUUAAAAAACAACUCAAAAUUAACUCGAGCUUAUUCAUAGUAAAAUUGUUUUAGGAUAAAUUCGGACGUGGAAGAGUUUCAAUUCUCGCAUCAGAUCUUGAAGAUGGUCAUGUUGUUCGAGUCAGCCAAAAAUAUGCAAAAGAUACUCAAAGAGCUACAAGUGGAUGUGAACGUGCUCAAUGUUCUCAUUUAUGUGUUACACUACCAUCUGGAGGUUUCUCAUGUCUCUGCCCUGAAGGCGUCACUCCUCAAUUAGACGGAUCUUGUGCAACACAACGUGUCGAAGCCCUUGUUAUGCCAAAACAAUGUCAAUGUACAAAUGGCGGAAAAUGUCGAUUGGAAGGAACUUGCGAAUGUUCAAGUGAUUUCGAAGGAGAUAAUUGUGAAAAGGAGAGCAGUGUUAGUCGGAAAUUGAUUGGAAGAUUAUCCGAAAAUAUUUUGUCUACACUUCUUUUACUUUUGGCAAUCUUCGUAGCUGUCGGAUUAAUUGGUUUCGUUGGAUUGAAUAUUCACAAAAAACGACAAUUGAUGUCGAAAAAGAAUGAAGCUGCUGAUGGAAGUGUUUCUUUCCAUGGAAAUGUCAUUUCAUUCAGUAAUCCAGUUUUGGAAUCAAAAUCAGUAAGUAGAAUAUUAUUUUAACUAAUUAGAAAACUAAAUGCUUAUCUACAGGACGCUCCCGGAAACGAAUACAGUAUGCAACAAAUGACAUCACUUCAAGAUGCUUCAACAACUUUCACAAAUCCAGUUUAUGAACUUGAAGAUGUUGAUAUGUCAACUCCAUCUCCUCGUUUACCAUCCGAAGAUCAACCAUCAACUUCAACAGCUGGACAAUCUUCAUCUUCAUCAAAUUCAUUUGUUCCACCAACUUUCGAACAAACUGAAGAAGAAAUAGAUUUAUCCGACAAAAUAAUUGCACCAAAAUCGGAUAUUUCUCGACCUGCUCCACCACCAAUUCCAGCUCGACCGAGCAAAAAAGAAAGUCUACGAGUUGACAAUCCGUUAUAUCAAGAAGAUGAUGAAGUUUCAGAUGUGUAA